ACACUCAAGCUCCGGGCCGGGAGAACUGGGAAGCUCCACGCCCCCUCCACCCCAUCCAAAUUGGAGUGCAGCCCCUGCACCUUCUGUAUAGAAAUUCUAGGGACGAGCUCAGAUCCCUUCUGUUAAUACAUGGAUGCUGAAACUCCGGGAUGGAAAAGGGACUCUGUGCCACCAUGGUGUGCCCCUGUGGCCUGCUAACGCGCCGAGAGGAGCCAGGUCUGUCUCCAGUGCCACUGAAGAGCAUCUCUGUGACCUUGUCCAUUUGUGAGUUCGUGGCUGGCGUGUCUGCCACCUUGAACUAUGAGAAUGAGGAGAAUGUUCCGUUGGAGGCCUUCUUUGUUUUCCCCAUGGAUGAAGACUCAGCUGUCUAUAGCUUUGAGGCCCUGGUGGAUGGGAAGAAAAUUGUGGCAGAAUUACAGGACAAGAUGAAGGCCCACGCCAAUUAUGAGGAGGCCAUCAGCCAGGGCCACCAAGCCUUCCUCUUGGAGGAGGACAAGGACUCCAGGGACAUCUUCUCUUGUAACGUGGGGAACCUCCCCCCUGGGUCGAAGGCGGCACUCACCCUGAAGUAUGUGCAGGAGCUGGCCCUGGAAGCAGACGGGGCCCUGCGCUAUGUGCUCCCAGCCAUCCUGAAUCCUCGGUACCAGCUCUCUAAACGGCCUGAGGACAGUUGCCAGAAAAUGAAGAUUCCUGCAGUCCUUUUGGAGAACCUGCCCUACACACUCAGCAUGGUCGCGGCCAUCAGUUCCCAGCACGGCAUUGACAGGGUCCGAAGCAACUGCCCCUUAAGUCCCCUUGAGUAUCUUGGAGAUAAGACUUCUGCUCAGAUUUCCUUGGCCGAUGGACACAAAUUUGAUCGAGAUGUGGAACUUCUGAUUUACUACAGUGAGGUGCAUGCCCCCAGGGUAGCAGUGGAGAUGGGGGAGCCUACAGCAAAGCCCGACUGUCUGAUGGGACAUCCAUCUGCGAUGGUGAGUUUCUACCCAGACAUCCCAGAAGCUCAGCCGCCAAUGACGUGUAGGGAAUUUGUCUUCCUCAUGGACUGCUCCGGAAGUAUGCAGUGUCCCAUGAAUAACCAAGAUAAAUCUCAGCAGCGCAUAGAGGCAGCCAAGGAAACACUGAUUUUGCUGCUAAAGAGUUUGCCUAUAGGCUGUUAUUUCAACAUCUACAGAUUUGGAUCUACCUUUGAAGCAUUUUUUCAGAAUAGUGUGCAGUACACUCAGCACACCAUGGAAGAGGCACUGGAGAGAGUCACACUCAUGCAGGCUGACCUAGGGGGCACGGAAAUCUUGGCGCCACUCAAGAGCAUUUACAAUGGCUCUUCCAUCCCCGGCUAUCCUCUGCAGCUUUUUGUUUUCACAGAUGGAGAAGUUGACAACACAUUUAGUGUCAUUAAAGAAGUUAAAAGCAAUGCUCUGAAACACAGAUGUUUCUCAUUUGGUAUUGGAGAAGGAGCCUCCACCAGCCUAAUAAAAGGUGUUGCCCGGGCAGCAGCCGGCACGGCAGAAUUCAUCACAGGCAAGGAAAGGAUGCAGCCAAAGGUUCUUAGGGCCCUGAAACGUUCUCUGCAGCCUACAGUGGAGGACAUUUCUGUGCACUGGGAAUUGCCGCCUGGUCUCUCUGCUGAAAUGCUUUCCCCAGAACAGACUGUCAUCUUUAGGGGUCAGAGGUUAAUCAUCUAUGCCCAGUUGACUGGGAUGAUGCCGCCAGCAGAGGCAACAGGAGAAGUUUGCCUCAAGUACACCCUCCAGAGCAAGAAUUUUGAGAAUAAAGUGACAUUUUCUCUACAACCCAAGUUUGAUGCCAACCUUACCAUCCACCGCCUUGCUGCCAAGUCCUUUCUCCAGACCAAGGACAUGGGCUAUGGGGAGACUCCAGCAAACCAUAAGAAAGACGUGCUGAAAGUGAGCCUGGAGUGCGGGGUGAUAAGCUCCCACACGGCUUUCAUUGCUGUCAACAAGGAUCUCGAAAAGCCAGUUCAGGGACCCCUGGUCCAACGUGACAUUCCAAGGCCAGUGCUGUUUUAUGGUUCUCCAAAGUUAUGCUCUCCUGCAGUUGGACUAGACAGUGCCCGAGUCGGUAAAUGCAGACUGAAGGGUAAAGCCAUGUCUCCCAAAGCGGCCUCCCCUCAGAAGAGAAAGCCUUGCUCUUUCGCAUUGAGGACUAGCGUGGGAAGCCCCAGCACAGUCUCUGAAGAUAAUAAUCUUCUACAGCUGAUUUCCCUCCAAAAGGCAGAUGGUUCCUGGGAUCUGAAUGAAGGUCUGGCCAAGAUCCUAGGUAUGAGUGUGGAGGAUAUACUGGCUGCAUUUCCUGCCAAGGGUGUGGAUCCCUCAGGCUGGGCCACAGUCCUGGCAGUGAUCUGGCUCCAUGACAACUAUAAGGAUCUGAAAUGUGAGUGGGAACUUCUGGAAAGGAAAGCUGUGACUUGGAUUCACGUCCAUGCAGGCUCCAUCCAGCAUGUGCUCAUUGAAGCUGCUACUGCUCUUCUGAGAUCCUCUGUUGAUCCAGCUGUCUUUUCCCCCUGAGGAUACCAACCAGAAGAACAAGUGCCUCCUUUUCUGCCUCUCUUAUGCUCAUGUCCUUUCCUUUACCAUUUUUUUUCUGCUGUCAUGAAGCUGUUUCUUGUCAUAAAAGUAAAGGGUGCCCAGCCCACAUUGCCUCUGUGUCCCAGGUUCCCUAUGGAUGUCAUUCUCCUUUCCCCAGCACAUGUCCUCAGAGUGACAACAUGAAAAACAGGUAGCAGGGACUCCAGACUAAAGGUUGACGUUAGGAAACAUUGAUGUUAGUAAAUGCCUGAAUCGGAAAGUUCUUUAUCAUUUUUGUCUAUUUGCUUUUGAUUUUAUGAACUGAUGUAACAAGACUGGUGAACUAUACAGGUUUCUAUUCUUAGAUACAAUGAAGGGUUGGAGGGAGGUUGAAAGCCGACACUGGGAUUUAUAACCUCAGGAUGAUAGAGAGAGCUGCAAGGGUCCGCUGUGAGAGUGGGCACUGUUGGUGAACUUCUAGAUGAAUUCUGCUUGGGCUUUACUAGCCUUUACUGCAUGCCUAAGGGUUGAGUCAUACCUGUUGGAGAUGAUGUUCUGGAUUAGGAAACUGAUGUGGACUCUGGCCAGCGAGGUCUGUGUGUUGUGGCUGUGACAAACAAAUUCACAUGGUCUGCAGAAGUCCUGUGGAGAAAAAGGGAUGGCAUGGCCACUCUCUAAGUGAGAGAGUGCCCCAACACUUGACUGGACAGGCUUUUAUUGCUUUUCUGGGCACAUUACAUCGAGGAUAGUCCUCAUUUACUAUGCACAGGUUUGCUUUAGGUGGUUACCCUUUACUGAUAAUGAAAGAAAAAAAAUGUUGCUAAUUAAUUACUUCAAAGAAAACGAUGUUUCAGAUGCAACGAGAAAAGUGGUUGAAUUGGUUACACUACAUUCCAUACUUGGGAGGUUUAGCACAGACUUUAGGAAGUUAUUUUAAAGAUAUGCAGUAAACAUUUUCUGCCUCAAUUCAGGGUGUGGGGGUUUUAGCAAAAAGCAAGCCUCAAAGCUGCCUAUUACAAUGCAGGCCUGAUUCCCCAUCGGAACACCAAUCUGUGGGCUCUGCUCCUAUGUGCCUGCUGGCUCCCCGCCAGGUUUUCAAUUCAGGGUCUGGGCUACAUUUGCCAUACCACUUGGAUAGGUUCCCUACAUUUCCCUUCUUGUUUUUAGUUAGGACCACUAUAGAUCCCACAAAGCUUGCUACUUGCUGGUCUCUCACAGGACCCUGGGAAAAAAAUUGCAAAUGCAGCAAAGUACACAGAGCAUUAUUAUAAUCAGUAAGCAACCAAUGGCUCCAAAGACCCAUGCUCUCAGGCUAAGUCCAUGAAACCAUUUUUUUUGGAUUUAGCCACUGAGAUUGUCAUGGAGGGCUUGAAAAACUCUUGCUUAGUCAAGCAUUGAAUGUCCUGCAGCUGCUGACGUAAUUCUAACUGCAAUUUAUCAAUUUGUCUUUUUAAAUUGGUAGAAAAAUUCCCUCUUAGAUGAUGUUGAAUAUCGCUCCAGGAGUACUGCUGGGAUUCUACUAGAGCAGAGUGACGCACAGCUUGGAGAAGUCUGGAUCAGGAGAGUCCAAUGGGGUAGAGGUGGGUCGCUGCCGGGAAGCCUUUUCUAUGAUAUGGCUUCACCCUCUUUGCCAGAAGCUCCAAAGGUCCUUCUGGGGAGGAGGCACAAGCAACCCUCUUCCCCAAGUUAAUAGUUCAACUGGGCCUUCCCAUCUUCCUUCCCCUAAUGGGUCUUUGUACAAGACCAAGGGGUGUGGGCCUGCAGGCAUGUUUUGCACAAGGUGUUUGCCUAUGGGUGACUUUAAAUUAUCACAAGUUAAAAAAAUUGUAUGUAUAUAUUGCCAGCAUGAUUAAAUUCCUGGGGGAUAUUACCUGACUCCCCCUUUUUAGUUUGUUUAAUAAUAUUUUAAAGGUUUGGUGAGCUCUUUCAACAAUUGCUUGACUCAUAGGAUUAUAGGGGAUUCCUGUUUUAUGCCAAAUUCCCCAUUUUUCUAAGAAAGCCUGAGUGGUUUGUAUAAUAUAUCCCAGGCCAUUAUUAGUCUUGAUUUCUUGUGGACGGCCUAAGUGACUGAAGGCCUCCAGCUCUAACAUUCUCUGCUAAUUCCCCAGUGAGGGGAGGGGCCUGUGGAGCACUUGAGUUAGUGUCUGCUGGGAAAGACAGGCCCUCUGCUGUUUCUGUAAGCUGCAGUGAGUUUGAGCAGCGAGUUAAUUACUGUACUGUUCUCAGGACCUGGUAGUUCCUAGGUCCAGGAUUAACAUCUGAUUGCCAAAUCAUCUGAGGUUGUAACCCUCCAGGGCUAACACUCAGAGUAGGGUGAUUUCCAUUCCUCACUGAAUGAGGAGGUCCCUGCCCCAGAUAUUAAGUGGGGCAUGAAAGAUGUAAGGCUGAAUUCAUUCAACUUGCCCAUUUGGACCAAAACAUUUAAGAGACUGCACACUUUUUCAGGGUUGAGAAAUGCCCCCAUUCCAGUUAUAGAAAUAUAAAUAAAAUAGAAAUCUCUUUUUCAAAACUAAGCACGCUGGUAGCUACCCAAAGCAUGGGGGCUGUUGUCUCUUACCUCGAGGAUGGCCUAGCUGGAACUCCCCUUUGUGACGUGCUGCCUGCGCCAGUUCUAAGUCUGCUGCUAGGUGCCUGGCUGAGGUGAGGCACAGUGUGGAACUCCUGCCCUGGGGCAGAUCCAGACUGCAGCCACUGGGUAGAGAAGAGGUUGCUCCUGUGCACGCACAGGGAGGAGGGGGCCCAAGGGGGACCAACGCUCUCUCUGCCACUGCCGGUCCUUGACAGAGAGACCCCGCCCCCCUUGCUGUGAGUGCCCGCACACUUGCACCAUGGCUGGGCUCACCAGACCGAGCCGUGAUGCCCACUGCAGCUGGGGGGACCUAUGGGAAGGGUCUGGCUGGGAUGCAUCGGUCCCUUCUCUUUUUGUCUGUUUUCCUGAUUAUGAGAGCUUCUCUGCCCUUUUCCCUAUAUUUCUAAAUCUAAAGAUCCCUUAUCUGGGAGACAUCCAGCAGCCUUAAAAAGUUGCUGAAUUAACCAAAAACCUUGCUUCUGUUCAUUAGAGAGAGCCUGUUCCCUUGGUAGAGGAUUCAUAGAAACUGUUAAAGAAAUUUUUUUAACAAAUAAAAGAACCUUUUCUGAAAUUCCUUCCACUGCCUGUGCUGAACUCUAGCUAGUUAGCUAUUGGGGAAUAUAGUGUGGUGGGUCAAAAUGUGCUGUUGGUGAAAGACAGUCAGGGAGGGGUACUGGGCAUUCCAGGCUAACCCCACUUACAGGUUUUGGUUCUUCUCCAAGCGUUUAGGGCUGCAAGGGGGGCUCAAAGCGCUAGAUGACCAGACUUUAUAUUGUGCUUCCCCGGGUGACCCAGAAGUUAGAUUAAGUUGUUUUGGAGGUCCGUAUAAGGCCCCUGCACAUCUUGGGAAUUGAUCCCAGACACCCUCGCAAGGUUCUGACUUGUGGGAACACCCGAUUUCUGGAGCGGAGGGGAGGAAGUGCCUUUUGUCUUCGGAGCUUGGCGAAUGCCAGAUGCUCUCAUACAAAACCUGGGACUAACACUAAACUCUUCUGGAAAGCAGUCUUCAGAAUCUGAAGAUCAUGAGUUGAAACCAAAACACUCAUUCACUAUCUGCUUUUCCUUAUGCAGGUGUAGGGAGGGAAAAGGCAAAAUCAAAAGGACUGCAAGAGGCGGCUUGAAAGAAUUUGCUGAGAUGCUUGUAAAUAGCCCUGUAACUAGUUGUUUUUAAAGCUGAUUAAAGGGGAGGUCUUUGCUCUUUCUCCCAAGCCCAGACCUAUGAAAUGCAGCAGAUACUUGGGCGAGAGAGCAAGGCUCCUGCUUACUAAAGAGGGUGCAGAUGUAAAGCAUCCACAAAAGUGGUCAACCUUGGGAGAAAUCCCUUUUUUCUCUGAAAUCCAACACACCCUAUGACCUAAAUGAAAAGUACUCAGUGUCAUCUGCCCUUACCUGGGCUGAAGCAUGCACUCCAAGUUGGUGUGUUGUCCACAACUGCAGCUUGUAGCCCUGGGUGUCUGUUCCUGGGCGCCGGAUGAUGCGGACUCCAGGCCAUGGGGUCUGUGUUGUGGCUUGACGAACAAAUUCACAUGGACUGCAAAAGUCCUGUGGAGAAAAAGGGAUGGCAUGGCUGCUCUCUAAGUGAGAGAGGGCCCCAACCCCUGCCUGGACAGGCUUUUAUUGCUUUUCUGGGUACAUUACAUCGAGGAUGAUCCUCAUUUACUAUGCUCAGGUUUGCUUUAGGAGAGAAUGCCACUAAUUACUUCAAAGAGAAGGGUGUUGCAGACCAAGGGGAAAAGUGGUUGAACCGGUUACUUUCCAUACUGGGGAGGUUUAGCACAUACUUUAGGAAGUUACAGUAAACAUUUUCUACCUCAAUUCAGGGUGUGAGAGUUUUAGAAAAAGGCAAGCCUCAAAGCAGCCUAGGUACAGUGCAGGCCUGAUUCCCCACGGGAACACUGAUCUGUGGGCUCAACUCCUGUGUGCUGCAUGUCUCCCUGCCAGUUUUCCAAUUCAGGGUCUGGGCUACAUCUGCUAUGACACUCUGAUAGGUUCCCUAUAGAAAACAUUUCAGUAAGAGGAUGAUAAUGGAAUCUGGUCCUAGUGUGGACCCAUGAAGUCUCUAGUCAGGCUGUGAUCUGGUAUACUAAAAAAGCAGCUUUAAUGACAGCUUUGCCCAAGAACUGAAUCACUCAUGCUAAGAGAACAAAAGGAGCUAAUUCUGUCCCACAUGCUCUAUUUCAAUGGAAAUGACCCUACUUGAUGCAUUGUUUCCUAAAAUACUGUAAUGUCAAUAAUAAAACAACGAUCUCUACACCAUA